UCUCUCUCAACCCCACACAAAAUCUCCAUAAACAAAAGCAUCGUUUUUCCUUUUUGAAAUGGCACCGAGGGAUAAAACGGCGGCGGUCAAGGGAGGAGGCAGCGGUGGUGGGAAUAAUAACAAUAAUGAGGUUCAUUUUAGAGGAGUAAGGAAGCGUCCAUGGGGGCGUUACGCAGCCGAGAUCAGAGAUCCGGGGAAGAAGAGCCGUGUUUGGCUAGGGACUUUUGAUACGGCUGAGGAAGCGGCCAGGGCCUACGACGCUGCUGCCCGGGAAUUCCGGGGCUCAAAGGCUAAGAUUAAUUUUCCCGUCCCUUGUGAAAAUCUAAUCAAAGGGAAUGACAGUAAAAGUAACGGUAAUUACAUAAACAACAACCGUAGCCCUAGCCAGAGUAGCACCGUGGAAUCAUCGAGCCGUGAGCCGGCACUCGUUAUCUGUUCUUCGCCGUUGGAUCUCAACCUCGUUCAAGGUGAGACGGUCACCGGCUACGCUCCCACGGCUGUUCGGUUUCCUUUCCAGCAAGCUUCGCUAGUGCCGUAUAUCGCCGGGCGCAAAGUCUUCUACUUUGAUCCUUUCGUUCGGCCCAAUUGCCAUCAGUUUCAACGCCUGAAAUUCGAUCAUCAUGAUUUCCACAUGUCGAAAAUUAACGUCGGCGUACAGAGCGACUCCGAUUCAUCAUCCGUCGUCGAUUUGAACCACCACGAGGUGAAGUCGCCCCCCAUUCUGAAUAUCGAUCUCAACCAGCCCGCUCUUCCGGAAAUCGCCUGAUUUUUUUUCGUUCUCGCCGAUCGUCCAACGUGAAAAAGCUAGAUUUUUUUUUAUAUUUUCCUUCCGUUGAAUCGAAGGUAGAUUAGA